CAGCUGUUACAAUGACAGUCUAUUAAAUGGGGCAGUGUCUUGACAUCAACCUCAAUUCGUGCUGAAUCCAAAACAUCCACUGCUCCCCUCGGAGUGUACAAAGAGUUUAUGUGAUCUGAUCCGUUGUGACCCUGUCCUAGAUCAGAAUGUCGGAAACUUUAAGAUUUUAGUGUGAUUUGAUUUGCCUGAACAUAAAACAUUCAACUUUAUGUUAUCCCUCAUCUGAACAGAGACAACUGCGGCGUCGUGGAAACUGACACGUUCGUCCUGAAUUAAUGCUCAGUUAAUUGUUACAUAAUGCAUUGGAUCAUGUCAUGGUGGUAGCCUGCAUGUGAUUAAAUACUUUAACCAUGAAAACAAGAAAAAGAUAUACUGAAUCCGAACAGUAAUUCUGGAUCAGAAUCUUAUAGAUUUGUUGAUCCACAUGUUAAAAUACAACUCCGUUCUGGAUCAGAAUCCUAUAGAUUUGUUGAUCCACAUGUUGAAAUAUAACUCUGUUCUGGAUCAGAAUCUUAUAGAUGUGUUGAUCCACAUGAUAAAAUAUAACUCAGUUCUGGAUCAGAAUCUUAUAGAUGUGUUGAUCCACAUGAUAAAAUAUAACUCAGUUCUGGAUCAGAAUCUUGUAGAUGUAUUGAUCCACAUGUUGAAAUAUAACUCUGUUCUGGAUCAGAAUCUUAUAGAUGUGUUGAUCCACAUGUUAAAAUAUAACUCUGUUCUGGAUCAGAAUCUUAUAGAUGUGUUGAUCCACAUGUUAAAAUAUAACUCUGUUCUGGAUCAGAAUCUUAUAGAUGUGUUGAUCCACAUGUUAAAAUAUAACUCCGUUCUGGAUCAGAAUUGUGGACUACUGCAGCUCUGGAUCAGAAUCCAGUAGAUUCAACGUGCCCCUAAAUGAAUAAAAUUCAGAUCAAUAAUUAGCACAAUCAUUUCUAUAACGCAGAUGCUAUAUGAUACAGAGUUUGUGUGUUUAAAAUUCCAUUGCAGUGUUAACAGUGGCUUGCAACUAAUUAAUUAUUGAUCAAUGAUUGAUUGUUGAUUCUCGUUAAUGAUACGGUGAUACUUGGUCCAAUUUGUUUAAUUGUAUUUGCUGUUAGCAAGUAAGAUUUUGUGUUGCUAUUGAAGAUCUAGUGUUGCUAUCCAUGAUCUUGUGUUGUUAUAGAUGGUCUUGUGUUGCUGUCGACGGUCUUGUGUUGCUAUCCAUGAUCUUGUAUUGCUACAGAUGAUCUUGUGCUGCUAUUGAUGAUUUUGUGUUGCUAUCGAUGAUCUUGUGUUGCUAUUGAGGAUCUUGUAUUGCUACUGAUAAUCUUGUGUUGCUAUCGAUGAUCUUGUGUUGCUAUUGAGGAUCUAGUGUUGCUACUGAUGAUCUUUUGUUGCUAUUGACAUUGAAGGUCUGAACAUGUAGCUUUCUGUGAUAAAAGAGGGAAUUAGUUGUGAAGGUUUAGAUAUGAUUAUAUUAAGAAUCCCAUGGGAGUUGAACUUUACAAUAAGUUCGGGUCUGGAUGUUGGAAGGUUUCGUUUUCUAAUUCGUCAUUCAACAUUCUUUUGAGUUUUUAAUCAGAUCAACAGUCUGGAUAUUUUUUCCCAUCACAUCAAUACCAGCAGAGAUUCUGCGUAAAUAAGACGGUGGCAUCAAUUGAAUCAGAUGCUUACACUUAGAAAAGAAGAAAAAUUAUGUAAGAUUGUGCGUCAGGGAAUGUUUGCAGCAGACAACAGCAAGAGGUUUAGUACAUGAGAGGGCUGUUCCACCUUAAUCAUGGAAAUCAGGAGAUAGACCAAGUCACAUAUAUAUUGUUUCUAACGCAUCAAAGAAAAUAAAUAAUAUAGAAAUCAGAGAAAAACUUUUCACAUGCAGUUAACAUGGUAAAGUAUGUUAGGUUCAAGACUUCAGUGUUUAUACUGGGGUUUAAAUCUGGCUUGUUUUAUUUGCGAGUAGUGGUAAAAAAUGAUAGGGAAAAGAAUCCAAACGUUUCUCUGCAGACAAACGUGAUGUGUAUAAAAAUUUGUUUUAGAAUUUUAAAAGCGGAGAAUUUACACGCAACAUGCAGUGUGUGCAUGUUAAGAUUUCAUUACUGCUGCUAUGCACAGUGCAAAGUCCAGUAGCGCGUUUAUUUGGCUCAUAUGACGAUUUUGGAAAAAAUAUUUUAAAAAAUACUUUGGAAAGAAUGGUAAAUGAUUAUCCUGAAUAAUGUGUAAAUCAAAUAUUUGUAAUGAGUUCCGAAUUCAACUUCUUAAUAAGACUGUUUAUUUAAAACUGUAUAGGUAGGAAUCACAAAUUAAUUCAUCAAUUCACCUGGAAUUAAAAAAAAUAAGAGAAAUAUUCUGAUGUGGGCAGUGUAUGCUAUCUGUCUAUUGUAGUUUCUCAUGCAUAUUCAAAACCUCCAAACUUUUUAACAAAAAAUGGUUUUCUGUCUUUUCUCCCCUUUGCUUGGUAAUGAAAUAAUUCACCAGGUGACACAAGCCGAUUAGCUCAGGUAAAAUCGGUGUGAAUAAUAACCUCGCUAUGUUUUAUCACCCAAUGGAGGACUAGUCAAAUAUUUCUGAUGGACUCAAAACAAAUCUACAUUUCUUAAACAUUCUGCGUUUGUGUGUUCUAUAGGACUCGGAUAUUUAAAAAAAAAAGGAGGAGAUUUCUCUAGGACUGGAAUGUAGGGACUGCGGUUAUAAAACAUGCUGUGACACUCGUUCUGGUGUUCACUCAGGUGCGACAGGAACUUAAACCUCACCUGGGCCGCCAUAUUGGUUUCAUUUACACACAGCAAAACACGGGAUGAACCAAGGAAUUAGGAUAGUAGUGGUUUACUGGAAAAAAAAAUAAAACCCAUCUUUACCCCCCUUCAAAGUUGUGUGAGUGGCUGCCUUGGAAUUUUUGUUGUGGUGAUUUUAUGUUGCUACAUCCAGGCUGGCCAAAAAUGACGGAGGGAAUGCCAGGACUACGAAAACGCUACUUCAGACCCAGUGACAGUUCCCUGGUAUCCGAGGAACUGUCAAAUCGCCUUUCCAAACUGAAUGACCUAAAAGGGAAAAAUGGUGUGAAGAAUACAAUUGCAAACCCAUAUUCGAAACCAGUCAAAAGGAAACCUAGUUUUGAGUCAAAGUAUGGAAAGGCUCCGUCAGAGACUGACCAGCGGUCAGACACUGCUUCACCGCUAACAUCUGUCGCGAGUCGGGUGCCACCUGUAUACGAAGUCAACCAUGCAUCCAGACAAGGGACCCCCCACUCCACCCCCAGUGUUACGGUGAAUGGGGACCAGACCCCACCCCCAGUCCCUCCUAGAGCCCCGAUCAUCACCUCCUCCACAGAAACAGUGGUCGUUGAAACCACCAUGACCGGGAGUCUUCCGACCACGGCUAGACUUCAGGCGCCACCUAUGAUGGUGCAACCUGCAGGGGGACAAGUUCUGAAAACGAACCCUCCCACCCCCCAGCAGUACAUUGCUUACAGUACUGUACAGGUGGCCCAAUCAACACCACCUCCCCCACAAUCCCAGAAUCCUCCUACCCCAUCACCCUCUGGAAGUGGCCCUGUGACACCACAAAGAGGUAUGAGCCCUGUGGGCCGACAGCCUGUGAUAAUCCAGAACGCGAAGAGCCACCCUGUGGGGCAUUAUCCCGCAAAUGCUAUAAAUAGUGCUAAUGGUCUAGGACAGAACAUCACGAUCAAAUGUCCGCCUCCAUACAGCCAAAGCCGGACUAACACGCCGGCAACUGUGAAAAUUUCUGGAAACAAUUUAAAUAGUGUUCAGAUAAAGUUACCUAAACCGCAGAGUGCAGGGACCUCCCAACCCCAGCCGAUGCAUACGUGGGGGGCAAAACAGCCCCAUAUUGUGAUGCAGUCUGUGGAAAGUGUAGCGGUAUCAAAACCAAUGUUACAAAUGGCUACUGGCCCUGGUCAGUCGCCACAAAACCCCCAGACGUCCACGGGAAGUUACAUAUCGUCUUACCAGGCUCAAAUCAACCCUUCAAACAACGGUAUUCCCUCGGCAACACAGCUACAGGCGUCUAACAACAUUCAGAUCCAAAUCACCAGACAGUCUCCUCAGAUGUUGACACCGGAGCAGUAUGCAGCACAUUUACAGAAUCAGAGUCAAAAGCGAGGUCUUCAGACGCGCAUCAGUACACCUCAGUUCCCUUCUAAUGUGUACGGAAUGUAUUAUAGACCGUCCUCCGAAACCCCCACCUCAACACCGAGGUCAGACUCUCCGAAUUCCUCACGAGCAACGAAUCAGUCACCCAUGUCUAUUCAUUCAACCACAUCUACACCUUCCACGAACUCGGAUAUCCCCGACAAGCCGCCACCCCCUUAUCCGGGGAGGUCGGUGCAAGUAGUACAACCGAUUCUACAGCCUGUACCGCAAUACAACCAACCCCCCUCACAAUACCCUCAUCUACCCCAUCAGUUACAUCACCAAAUUACAGCUAUGCCCCCUCAAGUACCCCAGGGAUUUACACCACUACAGGUGCCCCAUACCACAGCUCCCCCUGUGUAUCACAGUGAUAGCCCGCAGCCCCCCAUUCCUCCACGUGUGCCUUUAGUCCAAGUGUCAGAGAGCUCAGAGGCCUCCUCUACCCUUGUCCCCACCUCCAAACCAAAUGUUGGGGCGGGGCCACCUCCUAUACCACCCCCUCCCAAUAAACAAACGCCUAGCGUGCAAACUGUGAAUAUUAAUGGUGCAAACAAAGAUGAUGAGACUGAUGAAACAUUAUCGACUGUGUCCGAUGCGAGUAGUACUCAAGAAAAAACUCGCUGCACGUCUCCGAUGCCGGAGAGGAAAAACGAGUUCAAGGACUGUGAUAGACUUCGCCCUGAGGGCAGAUUGAAAAAUUAUUCUCCGCAGGCUUUCAAAUUCUACAUGGAGCAGCAUGUGGAGAACGUCCUAAAGGCCUGCAAGGAGAGGGUGACGCGAAGGUUUCAGUUGGAACGCGAGAUGAACAAAGUUGGUCUUUCAGAAGAUGCUCAGCAACAAAUGCGUCGGAUGUUGAAUCAAAAAGAAUCAAACUACAUCAGAUUACGCCGUGCCAAAAUGAGAAGAGACAUGUUUGAAAAAAUCAAAACUCUUGGGGUGGGUGCAUUUGGGGAAGUUUCGUUAGUGAGGAAAAGAGACGUGGGUCAUUUAUAUGCCAUGAAAACGUUAAGAAAAAGUGAUGUGUUAAAACGAAACCAAGUCGCUCAUGUGAAAGCGGAGCGUGAUAUUUUAGCGGAAGCUGACAACGAAUGGGUGGUGAAGUUAUAUUAUUCGUAUCAGGAUCGGGAUAAUCUGUAUUUUGUGAUGGAUUAUGUGCCUGGUGGGGACCUGAUGGGACUUCUGAUUAAAUUUGGAAUUUUCAAAGAAGAUCUAGCUCAGUGUUACAUUGCAGAAUUAGUGCUAGCCAUUGAAAGUGUGCAUAAAAUGGGAUUUAUUCAUAGGGAUAUCAAACCGGACAAUAUUCUGAUCGACAAGGACGGCCACAUCAAAUUGACAGACUUUGGUCUAUGCACAGGUUUUCGGUGGACUCAUAACUCCAAAUAUUACCAGAAAGAUGGGCUGCAUCCUCGACAGGAUUCCAUGGAUGUUAGUUGUGCAAUGGAAGUAGAGUGUCGCUGUAAUGAAAUACUCAAACCGCUAGAACGACGGCGUCAGCGUGAACGACAUCGAUGUCUCGCUCACUCUCUAGUGGGAACGCCAAACUAUAUCGCACCUGAGGUGCUGCUUAGAGAAGGGUACACAUCUUGCUGUGAUUGGUGGAGUGUGGGUGUUAUACUUUACGAGAUGUUAGUAGGACAGCCUCCGUUCUAUGCAAAUACUCCCGCUGAGACCCAAUGGAAGGUAAUCCACUGGGAUGAGACAUUGAAGAUCCCGCCCGAGGCCAGCUUAUCCGAGGCAGCAAAGGACCUCAUCAUCAACCUGUGUUGUAGUUCAGACAAACGGCUCGGUCGGAAUGGUGCCACGGAAAUCAAAAGGCAUCCAUACUUCAAAAAUAUUAAUUUCGAAGGACUGCGUAAAUCGCAGCCACCGUGGAAACCCAAAAUAAAACACGCUAUGGACACGUCGUACUUCGAUGAAAUAGAUGGGAAAUUCGAUGAUGAUUCAGAGGAGGAGAUGCAGAAGCCGGAUCAUCCAAUCAAUGGAAAACAUCCCGAGCACGCGUUUCUGGAGUUCACAUUCCGAAGGUUUUUUGACGAUGGAGGACAUCCUUAUCCGUCAAUGAAAGAAGACCCCAGUCCCCCGGUUAUUGACUCCAAUGAGAUGCCCACCACUAAAGACUCCUCUAGUGCACCGGUGUACGUCUGAUAUCUGUGGACAUUCGAUGCAAGCUACCGUGCCUGACUGAUAUCUAUGGACAAAGGAAGUCAGUUUAUAACCGAUACAUUUGGACAUCUGAUGCCAAUGAAUGUUUUAUAUCAAUUACAUCACUGGUGACUGAUAACGGUUUGUGAUAUCCACAAAUUUCAGAUAUCGGUGUAUGUCCAGUAUUGCUGGUGAAAAGUGCUUGUGCUCACUCCAGAGUCUUUUCAGGAUUUUAGUAACACCCAAAGUCUUCAGCAUUUGUGUCGUGGAAAACAUCAGAAAUUCUUGGUGAUUUCAAAGCUUUACUCAAAAGGGUUUUUUCUUAAAGCAAAUCUUUUACAGAUCAAUUUAAAAGUAUACUGUCAGAUUUUAAUAAAUAUACUUGUUUAUAAGGAAAAAAUCUAGAAACUUUUGUAUUUGAUACAUUUAUCAUAGAAUUAAUCAAUAAUUCAAACAUGUUAUUUUUUAAAUGAAUUGUGCAUUGUUUUAAGUGCAGAGAAUAGACUCAGAGUGGAUAUUAAAAGACCGGAUGCCUCUUGGACUAAAAGGGUGCAUCUAAAAACUGAUGUCUUUCAUUUAGUAUAUUAUUAACAAGAAGUUAAUUGUUAAUCAAGGUCUUUCAGAUGUUUGUUUUAUAUGCUAUAUGUAGUAAAUCUAGUGAUGUAUAAACCAGACAAUGAUUGGACAGGGUGAUGCUAUUUAGUGAAAGGUACAUAUAUAUAUUUAUAUGUACAAUUCUUCUUUUUAUGGUAUACAUUUCAUCCAAGUUUGUUAAUUGUUGACGAGUACAGUAGUGAUACUUUCUUUCAUUUAAUAUUAAAAAUCUAAAUGACCUGGAGGAAACUAUAGUGUGAAGAAAAUGCGAGAUAUUUACGAAAAGGGGGAAUGUAAUUAUCUAAAAACAGGAAAGGUGCCAGAUCUGUGGUUCAGGAUUCAGGGACUCCCUUAAAUUUGACGUCGCAAAAAUGGAAAAAAUCUCAGAACCUUUUAAACACUAUUCCUGAAACUGGAGAUUUUUGCUUGCAUUAUCAUUUGGGUUGACUUCUGGUCAGUUUGACCUCUGAUUGCAUUUUUACUUUACACCAAGUUAGUCACUUUUGUGUAAUCGGUUAUAAUUUUUUAGUUUUAUGAUUUUUUUUUAUUUUGGAAAGAAAAUGGAAUUUUACAAGUGCUGCAAUUAACUUUCUGUUGAUUUUAAAUGAAUUGUUCAAAAGCAUUCAUGAGAGAGAGAGAGAGAGAGAGAGAGAGAGAGAGAGAGAGAGAGAGGCCAUUGUGUAUUUUCCUGUGCCCCCCUCUGGAUGGAACUCAUGUGUUAGUGAUUUUCGUAACCUUUUCUCCCAGUGAGGGAGUGUGCGAGUGAACUUGUGUUUGUUACUUUGUUUUUGAUCUGGGCAUUAGAAGCGAAUGGACAAAAUCUGAUGACUGCUGGUGAACAAUUCUCUACUCCCCCCCCCCCCUCCCCCCUUCCUCCUCCAAACUUCAUGAUCAUCUGUAAAUACUCAUCAUUAUCAUUAUUCUGUAAAAAUGUGAUAUAUAACUUUUAUUAAAAAAAAAAGCUUAGAGCUUAUGUUGUUGAAUGACAUGGUGCAUUAUAGAAUGUGUUAUAUUUAUGUACAGAGGUGAAUGCAAAGCAUCCUGGGAAUGUAUAGAUGUGGUCAAAAUUGUAAAUAUUGUACAGUGUAAAACUAAAAUGUCUGACCACGAUUCUUGUCUGAGGGUAUGUACAGAAAUUUAACAAAAUUAUAAGGGAAUAUGUAAAAUAUACUGGCAAUAUUCUCAAAUAAACUAUAAAAAUCUGCA